AGUAUUUUCCUCCCCUGUACUUUCCCUGUAAAAAUGAGGAAGUGACAGUGUCGUUGUCGUUGUGUGUGAUAAUAAAAAAAACGACAUAUCUUCGGAGGACACAAAGGGGCUCGCAAUGUAUCCGUAUACAAUCCUCGUCUUCCUCUGCCUCGCUAUCCCAGGUUUUGGGAAGCUGCCUAACCCCACCAACGUCAGGAUGGAUUCUGUAAAAUUUAAGAACAUUCUAAGGUGGAACCCCCCACCUGGGAUUACGGAAGACGUUGUUUAUCGAGUGCAGUAUAAACUUGAUGUUAUCAAUGAACAGAUGAAAUACACCGAUGUCUGUAUGACUAACGACCUGAAGUGUGAUUUAACAUAUAUCAAAUAUAAAUUUUAUGCAAGAGUGAGUGCAGCAGUGGGUGACAAGAAGUCAGACUGGAUGAUGAUACACUUUGACCCCAGCGAUAGAAGUUUUGGGAAGCUGCCUGAACCCACCAAUGUCAGGAUGGAUUCUGUAAACUUUAAGACCAUUCUAAAGUGGAACCCCCCACCUGGCUUCACGGAAGAUGAAGAUGUACUUUAUAUAGUGCAGUAUAAGCUUGAUGUUAUGAGUAAACAGCUAAAUUACGCUAAUGUCUGUAUAACUAAGGACCUGAAGUGUGAUUUAUCAGAUAUCAAAUAUAAAUUUGAUGUAAGAUUGAGUGCAGCAGUGGGUGACAACAAGUCGGAAUGGAUGAUGAUACACUUUGACCCCUACAAUGAAACGGUGAUUGGUCCACCAGAAGUCCUUGUAUCCUCCAGAUCUGGCCACUUGGAUAUCAGUAUGUCUGGCCCUUUCCUUGAGUCAGAUAGUCAAAACGACACCAUAAAGGACGCAUAUGGUGAACUCUUUUACAGAAUAUUGUACUGGAAGAAAGAAGACCCUUCUCAUGUUCUGGAUGUGAGCACGCCACAAAGUGAAAAAACAUUGACUAAGCUGGAGACAUGGACCAACUACUGCCUGAAAGUACAAGCUUAUAUGCCUGAGAGUGAAAGGGAAGGACAGUUCAGCCCAACAGUCUGUGAGAAAACGACUUCUAAUGGGAGGAUACCAUGGUGGCAGAUCGCUGGUGUGUUCCUCAUAACAAUGUUAUUAACAAUGACUACAGUCCUUGGACUUUGCUACUUCGGUUUCACAGCAUACACGAGAUGGAGAUCGUUCCCGUCAUAUUCCAUCCCUGAACAUAUGAAAGAGUUUUUAAGCAAUCCAUUUAAUAACACCCCAACGCUGCCGUCACAGUCUUCAGAAGAAUAUGGAGAGUCCUGUGAACCGCUGACAUUUCUAUCAGAGGAGAAUGAAGAGACAAAGGAAGAGACCAAUGAAACUGCCUAAAGAAAAACUCUGCAUAGAACACUAUUUAUUUUUUGAUAAGUUCCUGGAAAUUGUUCAAGGAAGUUGUUCAUUUUCUGGCUGUCCAUCUCCUAAAUGUACUACUUAGUAAGCCAUUGCCUGGAAUAAGUACUCUAUCGAUGUCUAAACAGGUUAACAAAGGCACAAACGUGGGAUAUUUGAUGGGAUUUUAAAGGUGCAAAUUGAAUAAAUAUUAUUUAUUGAAAAUUUAAAACGACAGUCAAAAUAUGAAAAUCUGAUCAUACAGUACAGUUGAAAGGUGCAAACUGAAUAGUUCUCUACAUGUUUCACCACGACUGAGGAAGCUACUACUUGUGGUGAAACAUGUAGAGUACUAUUCAGUUUGCACUGUACUGUGUGGUCAGAUUUUCAUAUUUUGUCAUUUAAAAUUUUCAAUAAUAUUUAUUCAAUAUAAUAGUCAAAAUAUGAAAAUCUGAUCAUACAGUACAGUUGAAAGGUGCAAACUGAAUAGUUCUCUACAUGUUUCGCCACGAGUAGUAGCUUCCUCAGUCGUGGCGAAACUUGUAGAGAACUAUUCCGUUUGCACCUUUCAAAUUUUCAAUAAAUAAUAUUUAUUAAAUAUAACUUUGGUGUAAAAUACCAAAUAUAAUACCAUAAAAUAUCCCCACUUUUGUAUAAAUGUUCCCUAUAGGGAUGUGGUGCUGGUCUAAUAUUUAGAUGAUAAGCAAUAACUUCUCUCCUUAGGUUAACAAUGGUGCACAAAUAUAACUCUCAGUCCAAGAUUGAGUUUGGUUCCCCGGGUGCAGUAACUGUCGAGUGUUUGCAUGCUCAGUAAAGCUUGUUUCAUAUCUUUGCAAUGUACGUUGAUGCACAUUCUUGCACGCGCUACUGCGCAUUGCUUAAGGGCAACUCAUUAAAUUUUAAUGGGCUGCCCAACAUACGUUUUUUUGUAAAAUGCAGCAGACCACAACGCAUGGUAAUAGAUUACUAUGCAUUGGGGGGCACUGCAACACAUGUGUGUUUGGGUGCUAUUGGGAAUGAAUGGCACUGCAACACACCUAUAAUAAAACACGUGCUCCCGCAGCUCACGACGUGAUUUAAAAAAAUAAAAUAAAAUCAGAGCUAUGAAUGAAAACGGGGGGUCAGGUAAAGCGUAGUCACAUGGUUUACUCACUACAAUUUAAAAAAUAUUUCACACUAUAUGCAGCGACUGGCCUUUGAUUAAGUCCACACAGAAAACGGUUGUUAGUUGUUGUUCACAUUGCUAUGCUGCCUCUGGGUGGGUUGCGGUGCGUUGCACUGAAGCUCACCAGAAUUCGGUGUCUAUUUUCGCACCGCAGGUCCGAUGCGACUCAUAGGCAUGAAUGAAAUGUCACGAUGACAUUUCAAUAAAGUAAAAAAAAAGAAAGAAAAGUUAACGUAUCGUGUUAGCGUGCUGUUAAUGCGAACACGCCCUAUAGAAAGCUUGUCGGUUUAUUACUAUGAAUAAUAAGAGACACUCAGCUUAUCAAUAGGCAUUUUUUUUUGCAGUCUGGAGAGAACAAA